AUGAUAGGUUACACUGGUUUGCUCCUUCUUUCGUGAUUGAAGUUAAAAAGGAAGAUAGGGAAACGAAAACAGGGAGAGGGAGAGAAAAAAUUGAUGAAAAUGUAAAAAGCAUACAACGAAGAAUGAAGAUUUACGGAUGUGGAAAGAGAUUUUCGAGCACUUAAUCAAACGUUUAAAGGGCAUAUUAUAAUUCUACAUCAUUUGCAACAGCAUGAAGGCCUUCGUCAUAUUUUCCCUCUGUAUUACUUCAGUAUUUGCGGUUAUUGUUACAAAAGAACAAUUUAAUAAAUUUUCAUCGGAAUGUGCAUCGGAAAUGGGUUUUGAUCCAGCUGAAAUUGAUAAAAACAAAACUAAAUCUCCUACAAAAAAUGAAGAAAGCUGCUAUUUAGCCUGUAUAGACAAGAAACAAGGAGUAAUGAAACAAGAUGGAACAUAUGACAUAAAUGUGAUUCUGAAUUAUGUCGAAACAUCUGAAAUGAAGACAAAGGUUCAAAGUUAUAUUGAUGAACUGAUCAAAACUUGUAAACCUGAAGUUGGGAAUGACACUUGUAAAUUAGCUGCUUGUUUUCAUAGAAUGCCAAAAGCAUACUGGGAGAAAGAAUAAAUUUUAAUUUUUAUUAAA